AUAAAUUAUAAUGGGGAACAAAUCAUCUAAAAACAAAAAGGAUUGUUUUAUGACUAUGUAGGUUGGAAAUAGAUAAUCUGUUUAAGUUAUAAUAAGAUUAUUUGAUGAAUAAUGCCCAAAAACUUGUUAAAAUUUUAGAAAAUUAUGUUAAACUAAAUAUGGAGGAACAAACUUCCAUAGAUGUACAGAAAAUUUCAUUGCUUAAGGAGGUGAUUAUGAAAGAGGAGAUGGAACUGGUGGUACUAGUAUAUGGGGGAAAUAUUUCAAGGAUGAAAAUUUUAUUAUAAAACAUGAUAAAAGAGGAAUUGUUUCUAUGGCAAAUCGAGGUCCUAAUACAAAUGGAUCUUAAUUCUUCUUUACUUUAACUGAAUGUUCAUAACUUGAUGGAAAACAUGUAGCAUUUGGAGAAAUUAUAUCUGGAUUUGAAAUUUUGGAUUAAAUUUCUUCAAUAUCUACAUAUGGAGGAGAUCCUAAAGAACUUGUUAAAAUUCUAGCAUCAGGAGUUUGUUAAUGA